CAAAUUUAAGCUCCAAAGUUUGUCUCUUUACACUAAUGAAUGUGUUAUAUCUGAAUUGGGUUGCUCAAGUUUGUUCCUUUGUGUGUGUGUGUGUUGAUUCUUUUGUGUUUGUGAUAGCUGGAAGCUGAUAGCGAUGAUUAAGAUUCUAUCUUCUUUUCUUGUUUUGCUUGGAAAUCCAAAAAUAAUAAGGAGAAUAAGCUUGACCAGUAUUAAUUUUAAGGAUUCAGGACUUCUUACUGCAAGCUGAAACAGAAAAAUUGAAAAUGAGCGGGGGAGAGAUAUGUAGCAUACAGUAGCAAAUUCUUGUUUUGAUAAGGGAGGGAUAGGCUAGUGGAAAAGGUUCUCCACCUUCAAGGCUCCAACCAUGAGUUGGAGAGUUUGAGUCACCAAGGGGACAAGCAGGAAAAACCAUUCUUGCCCCAUUCCGAGGAGAGAGUUUUUUUUGGGGGGUGGGGGGUUUACCAUAUCGAGAGAAAAGGACUCUGGAACUGAACAAGAGACUUACCUGAUUAAUGCUCUGAUCCUUAAUGAAAUGGCCUUAAGCAUGACCUCUGCUUAGGUUGAUAAGAUUAGCCAAGUGUAGUCAGCUUUUGGCUGGAAGAAAUGCUAUAGCUUCAAAAUUUUGUAGUCAUAAAGAAGUGUAAUGCAUCGGUUUAAAAGAGAAAUUGACUGAUAUGUCGAAUCUCCACCGAAUCUCUAGCCAAUUUCUACAAUGAAGUUUUAUAACAUUCCAUCCUCCAUUUUGUUUUGAAGCCUUUUUCUGUUCAACUUCAUACUGAAAAUGUAUAUUUUUUAUCUGUUGCUAUGGAAGGUUACAUCCCUAUUUGUUAAGCAAUCUUUGCCCCUAGGGUUUUGGUCUAGUGGUAAAAGCGCAAUUCGUGAUGUGCGGGUUAGGUGCACGUCACGGGUUUGAACUCUGCCGCAAACAAAAGCCUGGUAUUUAAAGUGGAUAAGGGUUGGGGAGGGGGGCUAGUAUCCACUGAGCUUUGAACCGUGCGCCACGGGCCCUCGAGGAUUUCUUGGUUAUUAUGUGUUCUCUUUUCUUUCGGUUAAGAACUUGUCACCAGCUUGACUUGCAACAAAUUAGAGCACAGAACGAGCCCCUACUUGCAAGCACUGCCUUAAAAAUAGGAUGAAAAGGAAUGGAAAUACUUUCCCCUGGUUGAUCGCUUCACCUUUGAUUAGUACACAGUAUGUUCUUCGAUUUGCAGCUAUACUUUUGGUGUGAGGCAGAGGGUAAAUAUUAGCAAGGUAAUAUCUGAUAUAUCCUGUAGAUACACAACAUAAGGAGCAUCAAAAUCUAGCUUAGACUGUUCUAAAGGCAGAGAGGUAUGAUUGCUUGCUACUUUAUCUAAUUUGUCCCUGCACUCGGGAAGACAUUAAUGGCACUAGGAUCUUUUCUAUAUAAGUUUUGAGCCGUUGACUUUCUCAUCAUUGGCUUUUUCAGGACACCAAUUGCAGGAACUCAGAAAGAUAUUAAUUUUUCUGUCUGGCUUAGUAUAACGUAAAUGAGCCAUUUUCUUUAUUUAUAUUGAUCCAUAUCCUGUAGAUACACACAUAAGGAGCAUUAAAAUCUAGCUUAGACUGUUCUAAAGGCAGAGAGGUAUGAUUGCUUGCUACUUUAUCUAAUUUGUCCCUGCACUUGGGAAGACAUUAAUGGCACUAGGAUCUUUUCUAUAUAAGUUUUGAGCCGUUGACUUUCUCAUCAUUGGCUUUUUCAGGACACCAAUUGCAGGAACUCAGAAGGAUAUUAAUUUUUCUGUCUGGCUUAGUAUAACGCCCACUUGGGAAGGUGGUCAGUAUGCUGGUGAUGAAGCUAGUCGACUGGAUGCACUUCGAUUAGCAAUGGAGUUGGGAGCUGAUUACAUUGAUGUUGAGCUAAAGGCUAUUGACGAGUUCAAUACUGCUCUACAUGGAAAUAAGUCAGCAAAAUGCAAAGUUAUUGUUUCUUCUCACAACUAUGAUAAUACCCCAUCAUCUGAGGAGCUCGGCAAUCUAGUAGCAAGAAUACAGGCAUCUGGAGCUGACAUUGUGAAGUUUGCAACAACUGCACUGGAUAUCACUGAUGUUGCACGUGUAUUCCAAAUUACUGUACAUUCUCAAGUAAGCAGCGUACCAAUAAUAGCCAUGGUCAUGGGAGAGAAGGGUUUGAUGUCUCGAAUACUUUGUCCAAAAUUUGGUGGAUACCUCACAUUUGGUACUCUUGAAGUGGGAAAGGUUUCAGCUCCUGGGCAACCAACAAUUAAAGAUCUUUUGAAUAUAUACAAUUUCAGACAGUUGGGACCAGAUACCAAAAUAUUUGGCAUUAUUGGGAAGCCUGUUAGCCAUAGCAAAUCACCUUUAUUGUAUAAUGAAGCUUUCAGAUCAGUUGGGUUUAAUGGUGUUUAUAUGCCUUUGCUGGUAGAUGAUGUUGCAACUUUGUUUCGGACUUACUCAUCUUUAGAUUUUGCUGGCUUCAGCUGUACAAUUCCUCACAAGGAAGCCAUUGUCGACUGCUGUGACGAAGUUGAUCCUACCGCUAAGUUGAUAGGGGCUGUCAAUUGUGUCGUAAGGCGACCUGAUGGGAAGUUGUUUGGUUGCAAUACAGACUAUGUGGGUGCAAUCUCCGCCAUUGAAGAAGUGUUGCAAGGCUCACAGCCAAUUAUGUCUGGGUCACCCUUAGCUGGUAAAUUGUUUGUAGUCAUUGGUGCUGGCGGCGCUGGCAAGGCACUUGCUUACGGUGCAAAGGAAAAGGGGGCUCGGGUGGUGAUUGCUAACCGUACCUAUGAACGAGCAAGAGAACUUGCUGAUGUAGUUGGAGGUCAGGCUUUGUCUCUUGACGAGCUUAGCAAUUUCCAUCCAGAAACUGACAUGAUUCUUGCAAAUACCACCUCCAUUGGCAUGCAACCAAAGGUUGAUGAUACACCAAUCUCUAAGGAAGCUUUGAGGUACUACUCACUUGUAUUUGAUGCUGUUUAUACGCCCAAAAUCACUAGACUCUUGCGGGAAGCUCAAGAGAGUGGAGUAAAUAUUGUAACAGGAGUUGAAAUGUUUAUCGGGCAGGCAUAUGAACAAUAUGAGAGAUUUACAGGGUUGCCAGCUCCAAAGGAACUUUUCAAGAAAAUUAUGGCUGGAUAUUGAGAACAAGGUCUCUUUCCCUUUUCAACGCGGCCUGCUAAUUACUUUUCCUCCUAAAUCCUACAUGAUUCUGUAAUAGCAAUGCUCUUAGAUUCCUCUGUCCUACCAUUUGUGCUUCGGAAGAAUUAAUUCGUUCCAGGUAAAUCGCGUUUUUCACCAAAACAACUUCUUGAGGAUGUUCAGAAAAAGCAGUCAGACAUACCAGUGGACAAUCACCAUCAUUCUGGCUUAUAUUAAACUCUUGUAGCACCUCAUUCUUUGACAACUAUGGUUCUUUGGGAGGAAAUUUCUUUUGUACCUCUAAUUCUGGUGUCAUCAAACACAGAUUUAUCCAGUGUUUCAUCAUUGUAACCCCCAUACUGGGAAAUCCUCUUGAUUAUCAUUAUUAUUAAAUCUUGUCACAUUAUUGUAUCACACCAAAACAGUUUUUUACUUGAGUUCAUUGUCUUGGGAAUACAACAUUGAUUUAUUUUGA